AUCUUGGCUUGAGGCCGCGGUAUUGCAGAAGGUGCGGCGGUCGAAUGAAGACUAGAAAACAAUCCUUCCGUGCCCGUCUAGUGAUCCUCCUCUCGCGAACCUGCCAGAAUGACAUAUGGGCUCCAUACUAACAGCCAUUCUCUCCAGUGUUCGAUAUCUUUUUGCAUGACGUUCGAAAACUGCAGCUGCGAGCUUUAUUAUGAUUAUUAAAGUAGAUCAGGAGGCCAUCGAGAUAGCUCGAGAUGCUAGUGCCCCUUGGCCCUCGACACAAUGCGACGAUGACCCACAAAAUGUACAUGCUAGAGUGAUUGAGAAUGUGCCGUUUUCUUUUGCUUUGCGUGAUAAUAAGAAAUAAUGAUACUACAUGCUUUUUAUAACCGGCUGUUAUAGUCUCCUCU